AUGCCGCGAGCAAAUGAGGCAGAAACUAUCCGCAUUCUCAUUUCCACCGAUAACCAUGUCGGUUACAACGAACGAGAUCCUAUCCGCGGCGAUGACAGCUGGAAGAGCUUUCACGAGAUAAUGUGCCUGGCCAAGGAACGAGAUGUCGAUAUGGUCCUACUAGCAGGAGACUUGUUUCACGAGAACAAACCGUCACGAAAGUCCAUGUAUCAGGUCAUGCGAUCGAUUCGCAUGAAUUGUCUCGGGGACAAGCCGUGUGAAUUGGAAAUGCUCAGCGAUGCCAGUGAGAACUUCCAGGGGGCAUUCAAUCAUGUCAACUACGAGGACUUGGAUAUGAAUGUGGCGAUUCCAAUCUUCUCAAUUCACGGAAACCACGACGAUCCAUCGGGAGAGGGUCAUCUUGCCGCACUAGAUCUGUUGCAGGUGUCUGGCCUGCUCAACUACUAUGGCCGGACGCCGGAGUCAGACAACAUUCAAAUCAAGCCUGUGUUGCUGCAGAAAGGUCGGACAAAACUCGCGCUCUACGGUAUGAGUAAUGUUCGAGAUGAGCGGCUGUUUAGGACCUUCCGGGAUGGCAAGGUCAAAUUCUUCCAACCGUCUGUCCAGAAAGGCGAUUGGUUCAAUUUGAUGUCUGUGCAUCAGAACCAUCAUGCCCAUACAGAAACUAGCUAUUUGCCGGAGAAUUUCCUUCCUGAAUUUCUCGAUAUGGUCAUCUGGGGCCAUGAGCAUGAAUGCCUGAUUGAUCCUAAGCUCAACCCAGAGACCAAAUUCCACGUCAUGCAACCAGGAUCGUCUGUUGCAACGUCCUUAGUACCCGGUGAGGCCGUUCCAAAGCAGGUGUCCAUCCUGAGUGUUACCGGCCGAGAAUUCAAGAAUGAACCCAUCCGAUUGAAGACAGUGCGGCCAUUCGUGAUGCGCGAAAUCGUACUAUCUGAAGAAAAAGGAGCCCAAAAGCUUGCGCGCAAAGAGAAUAACCGGACAGAACUCACCCGACUCCUCAUGUCCAUUGUCGAAGAACUGAUCGAAGAAGCCAAUGCGGAAUGGCUAGAGAUGCAAGCUGACGGCGACGAUGAGUACGAGGACGGUACACCCAAGCCCCCGCUUCCUCUGGUACGCCUGCGCGUGGAGACUUCCACGCCUGAAGGAGGUAGCUAUGAUUGUGAAAACCCACAGCGAUUCUCGAACCGCUUUGUGGGAAAGGUUGCUAAUGUGAACGAUGUGGUGCAAUUCUAUCGGAAGAAGAAGAUUACAUCCACCUCACGCAAGGGUGACAUAUCUGUUGAUGAAGCAGCCAUUUCUCACCUAUCGUCCCUUGACACUGUGAAAGUCGAACAGCUCGUGCGCGAGUUCCUCUCAUCACAGUCACUAAGCAUUCUGCCUCAGAACUCCUUCGGAGACGCUGUUGCUCAAUUCAUUGACAAGGAUGAUAAGCACGCAAUGGAAAUGUUUGUCAACGAAUCCCUUGAGAGCCAGGUCAAACAUUUGUUGGCCUUGGACCGUGACGAUGACGAAAUGGAUGACGAGGAGAGUGAACAAAGCUCGCUGGUUACUGCCAUGGAGAAAUAUCGUGGUCAAAUGGAAAAUAUGUUCUCGAAGGGCGUGAAAAAGCGAACGGGCGGAAAGAAACGCUUCAAGCCUAAGCCGGACGGUUGGGAUUCGGAGUUUGAUGGCGCAUGGGAAGACCAGCCCGGUGCACUAAUUCAUUCUGACAAUGAAGGCGGAGAUCCAGCAGAGGAAGAAGCUGGAGAAGACGGCACGGUGCCUGCUCGCAGUCGUGCCACGGCCUCUACUCGAGGUCGUGGUAGAGGUCGCGGACGAGGCGCCGCGGCUAGUGCGCGAACCACCAACCCCAAAGUUAUUCCAGAAAAGAAGUCUACAAGAAAUCGCAAGAAGCAAGCAAUCUCAGACGAGGAGCCAGAUGUGAUUAUGUUGGAUGAUGACGAAGAUGAUGCUGGAACCAAUGUCAUUUCCGACGACGACGAUUCACAGGCAUUAUUUGUCAAGCAGCCCCGGUCUACCGUUACGGCGAAGUCGAGAAAAGCUGCUCCUAUCGCACCUGCGACCCAGCGCCGAGGUGGGCGAACUGCUGCCUCACCAGUUCCACCCUCGGUCACUUUUGGUGGGACCGCUUCUUGGCGCGCCCCUGCGCGAGGUAAGCCAACUCAGUCUACGCUCCACUUCCCUGCUUCACAGGCCAGCAUCUCUCAGUCAUCCCGACCCAGCCGCUCCACCCGUAACAUGAGUGUUAUCAGCGAUGGUAUUGAUGACGAUGACGAUGACGAUGAUGCCUUUGAAGCAAUGCCGAAUACCAACCCAAGGCGCAGAUGA